CACCAUACGACCAUCACCUGUGCUACUGUUCCACGUCUCGCUAAUCGUAGCUACGAACCCUUCCAUCUUCGCUACAGUACGCAAUACCCAUAGGCACCACUAGAAGGCACUACUAGAGGGCACGCCUCCCGACUAUCCCGAUAACUGUAGCUAUGGCCUCCUCAUCCAGUGCGACGCCGCUGCUCUACGCAUGCAUAGCUCACAACACUACCAUACUCACCGAACAUACGAGUUCGGCCAGCAGCGCCACAUCCUCCCUCACCUCCGUCAUCCUCCCAAAGAUCAACCAUGACAGCCACCAAAUGCUGACCUACAAACUCAAGGACUACUUUGUCCACUACAUUGCCUCCGCUCCCUCUGACUACCCGCCCUCACAGACCAGCGCCGGCGGCCUCACGUUCCUGACCAUUGCCGAACAGAGUCUCGGCCGCCGCAUUCCCUUCGGCUUCCUCGUAAACACGCAGAAGAAAUUCCUCCAAGAAUUUGACCCCUCCCAGACCGACUUUUCCGCAUUGCCCAGCUAUGGCUGCGCGAGCUUCAACUCUUCGCUGAAGAAGUUGAUGGUCGAGCAAGGCGCUACACAGGCCGGACAGCAGGACGCUUUGCGCACUGCCCAGCACGAAAUCGAUGGCGUGCGGGAGAUCAUGACGGAGAAUAUUGAGCGUGUCUUGGAGCGUGGAGAGCGCAUUGAUUUGCUGGUAGAUAAAACUGAUCGCUUGGGAGUUAAUGCGCGGGAUUUCCGCGUCCGGAGUCGCGGCUUGAGGAGGAGGAUGUGGUGGAAGAACAUUAAGUUGAUGGUGCUACUGGUACUCGUGGUCAUAUUUUUGAUAUAUCUCUUUGUUGGUUUCGGAUGUGGGCUUCCUGGCUGGCACCGCUGCCUCCGGAGAUGAACGCGGCCUGUCAACACUUGAAUUUCUUUGCUUUGUACACAUACGAAUGAGCAUGCACCACUAUGGCGUCCGGCGUAUCUCUACCAUACCCGCCUAACAAAAAUAAAGUCCCAACCUCCAUGCUGCCGCAGUCCCCCGCAGACACAGCGUAUGAUUCCAGGAAAAAUGAAAUAGCUUCCCCCAGCCUUGAAAAUGCAAUAAUUACGU